UCCAAUUCAUUUUCCUUUCACAAAAUCGCUGCCACUGUUUUUGCAGAAUUUACGAGCCGACGUGUUGCUCAAGUCGCUGCCGGUGGCACUUUCUUAGAGCAUACGAUCGGAAAAACCCAUCCUAUAUAGAGAAAAGUGAGGACUUGUUCGGAGGCAAAGGAUCGAAGAGUAUUGAAUCUAAACAACGAGAUUAUGGAAUGUGUUUUCGGCUUAGUGGGUAACGGUUUCGCCAUUGUUGCCGCUGAUUCUUCGGCGGUUCACAGCAUUUUGGUCCAUAAAUCCGACGAGGACAAGAUUAUGGUCCUCGACUCUCACAAGCUCGUCGCUGCUAGCGGCGAGCCUGGUGACAGGGUUCAGUUCACCGAGUACAUUCAGAAGAAUGUGGCGUUGUAUCAGUUCCGAAAUGGGAUCCCAUUGACAACUGCUGCUGCUGCUAAUUUUACUCGGGGGGAGCUUGCCACUGCAUUGAGAAAGAAUCCAUACUCUGUAAAUAUCCUCCUGGCUGGCUAUGAUAAGGAGACUGGCCCAUCGCUUUACUACAUCGAUUACAUUGCGACGCUUCACAAGGUUGAGAAAGGUGCUUUUGGUUAUGGAUCCUACUUUUCACUCUCUAUGAUGGAUAGGCAUUACCAUAGCGGCAUGUCAGUUGAGGAAGCAAUCGACUUGGUCGAUAAAUGCAUCGUCGAGAUACGUUCAAGGCUGGUAGUGGCUCCACCAAACUUUGUGAUCAAGAUUGUAGACAAGGAUGGGGCAAGAGAGGUUGCAUGGCGUCAAUCCAUUAAAGAUACUGGAGCUCUUCCAGUUUGAGGAGUUUGACAUUGUUGGAGAACUUGGUUUUUAUUUUGACAUUUUUCCCCCUCUGUUUUGUAUACAAAUGUUAUGUCCUGCCAAGACCUGGUUCAUUAGUCUUAAUUGGAAGUGUGCUUAUGCUGCCAUUUGAAUCAGAUUUAGGAAAAAUAGAUUUGAAAAUUUGAGGUUAUGAUUCAUCUUCUAUUAUGGACCUACAAGGUUUCUAUCUUUUGGGUA